CAAAUGAUGUUCCCAUUUAGAAUGUUUCAUAGCGACUUAACUUCAAACUUGAUUGUUUAAAAAGCACAUAGCCAACAGCUUUUUCGACAAGGACGGAAUGAAGCCAAAUUUCUAAGAAUCAACACUCUGCUACGGUUCUUUUUAGACUCGGCCAUGUGCAAGAUUUAUUUUACGUGGACACAAAUAAGAUAUUUAAAAUAAGAUAUCCAAAUUUAAAGAUUAAACAAAAAUCAUUCGAAUUACAGGGUAAAAAUUUCAAGGAUUAAACCAAAGUACAAUUAUAUGUGUGUAGGAUAUAAUCCCAUUGAUGACCAAGAAUGUGAAAUGAAAUUUGAAGUCUCGACCUGCCUAAAUAUGUUCCACUAUCGUAGACCCCCAUUUACAUCUCAUAGACCCCCAAUUUAUUUGUUCACUUUCGUAGAGCCAUUGAAAGUCGUCGUAGACCCUUGGGGGGUCUAUAUAGACAACUUUGGGAAUCACUGAUUUAGAAGAUAAAACACAAAAGGUCGCGAUAGACUGCUCACCCCAGCCCUCCACCAUGUGGUCUCUCUGAACAAAGAUAUACGGGCAGAUAUAAAGAUUUUCAGGGCGAAACAUGGAAAUUAAUUGUUUCUCAUAAAACUUGUGAUCCACGGUCACACCUUUUAUUAUUGGAGAGUUUUGCCGGUGACUUGAAUGUAGAUCGAUCGUCGCGCUAUCUGUUCCGAGGUGAGGCUGGCUCAGCCAAGUGUAUCCUUCUGGUGUCAAGUUGAUUUAUUCACACUUUUGUUUCCCCGAGAGUCAACAUAUUGAACACACAUUACAAGUUGUCUAUAUAAAGUAGAGAUGUUCAUCUCGCCAUUUACAUUUCAUUUUGGAUUAUUUGGUGAAACAUCUUACUUAUAUCGCCACGUACAUUUCAUUUUGGAUUAUUUGGUGAAACAUCUUACUUAUAUCGCCACGUACAUUUCGCUUUGGAUUAUUUGUUGAAACAUCUUACUAAUAUUCUUGCUUGCAUAUCGCUUUGGAUUAUUUGAUGAAACAUCUUACUAGUCUAUCAGCUGAUAUUAAAGAGUUUGUUCCAAAAUGAGCAUCAUUACACUUCUGGUGAUUUGUUUACUGGGCGCUGUGGGGCUGGCCAUUCUCUCCAUUUACGCCUGCAUGAAAUACUGCCAAUGUCAAAACCCAAUCUGGCAUUACUGUCCAUGUUACACAAGGCCUAGAAGAGUCCCGAGACUGAGAUACAGGUUCAGAGGCAGCCAAAACAAUGGCACACAAUGUCCUCAUGGAAUGUUCGAUAGAAGAGAUUGCAGAGAAUGUACUCGCAUUAUUCAGCAUCAACUGGCGCCAAUUUUCCCGCCGCCCCUACUAGAGAUACCUCAUUACCGGCGCCCUGUUAUUGUACCCGAAGACAUCCGCUGGCGGGAGCAGCACCAACGUGAGGAAUGGGGCGACCUGCACAACGUUUUGCCCCAGAGUACGCCACUCACCCGUGGCGUUCAAGAAAGUCAACCUGUACAUGAAUCUUCAUUUAGACCUAGUUUCGCUCUUGAGACCAGUGACCAGGAUAACCAUGUCUUAUUCACACCUCUGUCGUAUCGAGAAGAUUAUGGUGAAGAUUAUAGUGAAGAUGAUGGAGAAGAUAAUGGUGAAGAUUAUGGAGAAGAUUAUGGAGAAGAUUAUGGAGAAGAUGAUGAUGUUUCUCUCAACGAUAUCAAUGUAAAGAUUAAAUACAAUCGCCCCCCUGAGUCUUAACAUUCUAUUCUGAAUAGGAGAACCAAAGCUUCCACUGGAUACUUCCACUUCACUCUACCACUUUAUAAUAUCACUUGAUUUACAUUUCAUUCUACCACUUUAUAGUAUCACUUGAUUUGUUCACUUCAUUCUACCACUUUAUAGUAUCACUUGAUUUGUUCACUUCAUUCUACCACUUUAUAGUAUCACUUGAUUUGUACACUUCAUUUUACCACUUUAUAGUAUCACUUGAUUUACAUUUCAUUCUACCACUUUAUAGUAUCACUUGAUUUACAUUUCAUUCUACCACUUUAUAGUAUCACUUGAUUUACAUUUCAUUCUACCACUUUAUAGUAUCACUUGAUUUGUACACUUCAUUCUACCACUUUAUAGUAUCACUUGAUUUACAUUUCAUUCUACCACUUUAUAGUAUCACUUGAUUUGUACACUUCAUUCUACCACUUUAUAGUAUCACUUGAUUUACAUUUCAUUCUACCACUUUAUAGUAUCACUUGAUUUGUACACUUCAUUCUACCACUUUAUAGUAUCACUUGAUUUACAUUUCAUUCUACCACUUUAUAGUAUCACUUGAUUUACAU